AUUUCAUCCUAACCCGUCAAAGCAGCAACACAGCAGCCAGUAGCGUUGUGCGGCAAAGUGCAAGACUCAGCCCCAAACAAACAUUUGAAAAGAGAAAGUGCGUUUUGUGUGCGGUACAAAAGCCAAAAAAAAGUGUUCAGCCCUUUAAGGACUAUAGAAUACAACAAGUGUAACACAACAAAACAACAACCAUUAAAAUGGCAAACAAUAAAGUUAUUUUCGGUGUCUUGUGUUUGGUCACACUGACCGCUGCUCUCCCCGCCGAGGAAACACGCGGCCAUGCCCGUAACGCCAUCGGCGCCGAGAACGACAUUAUGGAUAGCAUCUACAGCGAUUGCCUGCGCAAGGAUUCAGUAUCGUGCGUCAAGUACAAGCUGUUCAACUUCGUCGACAAGGUGCUGGGCGCCCGCGACCAAUUCUCGUUGACCGAAGGCGUCACCGUGGUGCGCUCAUCGGAUGCGCCCGCUCCUGAGGCAGCUCGCUCCAUCUCCGGCGACGAAUCGUUCGAGUCUCUGGCACUCAACCGCAUCAGCAGCUUCCUUAACUCGCACACCAUCAAGGUGGAACUGAAGGGUGCUGAUAUCGUCCAAGCCGUUAGCUCCACUGGCCGCGCCCUCGAGGAUGCCUCUGAGUCUCUGUUCGGCAGCAACGAUCCCAAUGCCCCCGAGGAGAGCCGUGGUAAGAAGAAGAAGGCCGCCAAAAUCUUGGGCCCCAUUCUCGCUCUUGUUGCCCUGAAGGCCGCCGCUCUGUUGCCCCUGCUCUUGGGUGCUAUCGCCCUGAUUGCUGGCAAGGCUCUGUUGAUCGGUAAGAUUGCUCUGGUGCUGUCGGCCGUCAUCGGCCUGAAGAAGCUGUUGUCGCAGGAGAAGCACGUCACCUACGAAGUGGUCGCCCAUCCCCAUCACAGCAGCAGCCACUCGGUCAGCCACGACUCAUAUGGCAGCGGAUACAGUGCCGAUGCUGGUGCUUCGUCUGCCUCAUACGGCAGCAGCGGUCAUGGUGGCUGGGGACGUUCCAUCGAUGCCCAAGAUCUGGCCUACGGUGCCCAGAAGCCUCAGGCUUAAGCGAGAGUAAACACACAGUCAACAACCACUCAAACAAACCACAAGAACCACACGAACCAACUGACUCGAGCUUUACUCAAGCUCACACUGAACAGAGACUCUUGAAGAGGAACAACAAAAAACCACAACAACACAUAUUACUUAUCGUUCGUUUUAAUUAUUUAUUAAUAUAAUUUAUUUUAUUUAUUUUUCCACACGAAUAAGAAAAACGCACACACAAGAAAAUGGAAGAAACUAUGCGAAAAUGCAAAACAAAAAACGAAAAAAAAAUACUUAAAA